GUGCUCCGGGUGGACGAUUUCCAGUGCCCGGGACGGCUGUCCCGCGGAGGAGGAGCGGCCCACAAUGUCUCAGGUAUCUCACAAUAAGAUGUGGAGAGAUGCCAUGAAAGAUCUUGACAUCUUACUCUGGAGAGAAAAAGAAGAAUUCCUCCAGCCAGAGGUGAACCCCAUGAAAGUAUUUGAGAUUUUAGCCACUUCCUACAUCAAAUACAUGCAAAUCUGCCGUAAAUUGGUGAUGGCCCAAGACCACCUCGUUUGCCAGCAGAAACAGACAGUGAUUCGGCAAGUGCUGGAUGGUGUAAUUGGCCGGAUCCUGGAGAUAAAAAAAGAGAUGGUGGAGCUGGAGAAAUCAGAGUUUCAACACAUGGAUAAUAUCCUGGUAGAACUACAGCUUCUCCCGGAAGACCUAGAAGUACCUAUCCCAACUUAUUUCAUUAAAGACAAUCUUGAAGUCUUGCAGCAGAGGGAGAGAAUCCUUGAUGAAAUUUUGCUUAAUGAUGAAUUGGAAACACAGGAAAUCCUAACAGCCAUAACAUCUGAAGAACCUGUCACAGUUACUGAGGUUGAAGAAAAGCCUCAGCAAGACCGGCGUCCAGCAGCAUUCAUGAAGCAAGCAUACUCUGCAAAGUGGAAAGAAAGUGAUCUUCCACGCAUAAUUAAUGCUGCCACUUGCAUUCAAAAGGUUUGGCGUGGUUAUGUGCAGCGCAAAAAAACAAAGAAAAUUAGAGAAGAGGAAAUGAUAUUUCUGGGGAUGUACCCAACUCCUCCCUUAAAAGCAACAAGUAUUCCUCAGAUACCUGCUGGCCAAAGUAAUGAGCUGCAAGGUGAGGUCCAGACAGGAGAGGAGAAGGUACCUAUCAAGGACAAGCUGAGAGAAAUGGAAAGGGUCAGCAUGAAGAAAACUCUCCAGGAUCAGGUCGGCCAGUGUUUCAUCGAGUGCUGGCAUGUCAUAGGCAGGUUUCCUGACUAUCCUAAUGAAAAGGCAGGAGGUUCAAUGGCUCUUUUUACAGACAAAACUCCAGAGCAGGUCUCUGCAGAACUGGCUGCCUUACAAGAGAAGGCGAUGCAGAAAAAAGACGCAGGGAAGGAAAAACAGAAAGAAAAAGCCCCACAGAAAAAUGGAAAGAAAGGAAAUCUGUCUGAAGAGGAAGGCUGGAAAAUGGCUCCCAGUAAUUUCCUUUCAAUAAUGGAGGAAGGAAACAGUCAAUACAAAGUCUUUUUGCAGAACAGAGACGAGAGAUGGGAUUUUCUCCAGGAUCAUGACCCAGAGCUGAUCAAAGAAGAGAAAAAGGAAGAUGUGGAAGAAGAGCUCAGAGAGCAGGUUGGUGAAUUGAUACAAAAGAAAUUGGAAAAUCUCAGACUGGCUGUGGAUGGAGAGAAGACUGACAAGCCAAAAAAAGGAAGCAAAGGCCAAAAGGGCAGCAAGGGAAAAGGGAAGAAAAAGAUAUCUCAGCUGGAGGAAGAUCUAACUCCUGACAGGACCAUUGAUUCUCUCUACGAGGAACUAGCGAAAGAAGGAUUACUAAUGAAAGCCAAGACUGUGAAUAUCUCCGAUUAUGUUGGCGACUACAGCUAUCUGGGGUCCACAAGUCUUCAGCUGAGGAAAGAGUCAGUGCCCUCUGCCACAGAUGUCAGGCAGCUAAUAGCCCUGUAUGGAAUAUUGCCAUUAGGUUCCCAAACAGUCCAUGAGAAGGCUCCUUUGGUGAAAGCCUUGUUACUAGCAGGACCUGCAGGUGUUGGAAAGAAAAUGUUUGUCCAUGCCAUCUGCACAGAAACAGGAGCCAACCUCUUCAACUUGUCUGCUUCCAACAUUGCUGGGAAAUACCCAAGCAAGAGUGAACUGGUAAUGAUGCUUCACAUGGUCCUCAAGGUGGCCAAGCAAUUGCAGCCUUCAGUUGUGUGGAUUGGAGACACAGAAAAAAUAUUUUCUAAAGGUGUACCAAAGGGAGAUGACAGAAUGAACCUAAAACAACUGGAAAAACUCCUUCCUGACUUCCUCAAGGCUCUGAAAGCACAGGACAGAGUGCUGAUAGUGGGAACCACCAAGCGUCCCUUUGAUGCUAAUCCCAAACCUUUCUUCAAGACGUACUCAAAAAUUAUUGUGAUUCCUAGGCCUGACUACGGUUCAAGAUAUGUGUUAUGGAAACACUUGAUCCUGCAGAAUGGUGGAGUCAUCACCAAACUACUGAAAAUAAGCAGCUUAGCUUAUGUGUCUGAUGGUUUCACCCAGGGAAGCAUCACCCAGGCAGUGCAAGAUGUCCUCAGUGAGCUUCGCCUCCAGCAGAUGCCCAGGCAGCCACUGACAACCGAUGAGUUUGUGACUUCUCUGGGCAAACAGGAGCCAGUGUACAUAGAGGAGGAAGAAGCAUUUAAGGCAUGGUAUGCCAAGACACCGCUGGGUAGAGCACGACUCAAAGCACUGGCAGGUGAUAAGAAGGCAGGAAGAGGAAAAGACUUGAUGCUAGAGUCCUCUGCAGCCAUGAUGGAGAUCAUCAAAGUCAUCUUCAAUUCCUACUUACAGAUCCCCAUCUCUGAGAAGAGGGCCAAGGCCAUUCCAGAGGAGAUCUUCCAGAGCCGCAACGGAGCCGAGGCGCGGGUUGGGGGCGUUCUGCCGGAGUCGAGACCCCCGCGUAAAAUGAGUUCCUACGGGAACGUGCCAAGGACUUCAGCGACGAAUGAGGGCUUGGGGUUUUUCCCCCAUGCUCAGAAGCCGGAGAGGAGGCGGGAGUGGGUUUCCCGGUCGCGGACAGGCGUGGAGCUGCCUGUCGCCCCCUGCCGAAGGCCGCAUCCUGCUCCCCCUCACCCCCCAUCCCGCUCACUGCCCGCUCCUGCAGCCCGAAUGGGCUGUAAGAAGCUCAGAGCCCCGCACAGUCAUUGCUGCGAUGGACACCCCGCAGCGCCGGUGUUCAGCGCUCACACCUCAUCCCUGACCUCAGGGAUGAGCAACUGA